AUGACGAUGAUGAUGGCAGGAGCAGCAGCAGCAGCGGCAGCAGCAGCGGCAACGCAAAGAGUACUGCCAGUGCUACUUCGUCGUCGUCGUCACUGUCGUUCAGCUCGUGCUUCUUCUUUGUCUUCUUCUUUGUCUUCUUCUUUGUCUUCUUUAUCUGUGUGCGUUCCAUCAUCCACGUCUUGCAGCAGCAGCAGCAGCAGCAACAGCAGCAGCAGCAUCUUCGGCGACAAAGAACCGAGUCGAGCGACGAUGACGAUGCUUUCGAAAAAGGCUUGGUGUGGAUGUAGUAGUAUCAGCAGUAGGUUUAUGAGUAGCUUUAGUGUGAUGAAUGGCAGAAGCAGUAGUAGUAGUAGUAGUUUUAACACGCCGAACAAAAAAAGGGUAUUCAAGAACGACGUUGCAACUGCUUCUGGACGAGUCGAAGACUAUUAUUACGACGACGACGACGAGGAGGAUUUGGACGACCCGUGGAAGGAAAGUUCCGAAGACUUUGACGACGACGAGGGAGGUGGCAUAGUUAUAGGCGCGAAAAAGCCAACGCCCGGGACUAAGAAGAACAAAAAGAGUCCGCCAAAGCGAGGCAGUAGCUUGACUUUGCCGACUUCUUCGCCGGACGGGGUUCGCGCGUUUUCUUCUUCAUCGUCGUCAUCGUCGUCUAUUGGUAUUUCGAGGGAAGACGACUUACCGAAACCUGGAGAAGGCGAAGAUAGCUCAUCGCCUCGACCGUUGGAGAAAGGCGAUGUAGAGAUAUCCUUCUCGCGCUCGGGAGGCGCCGGCGGGCAAAACGUGAACAAAGUAAACACGAAAGUGGACAUGCGCUUAUCUCUCAACGGCGCCGUGGCAUCUGGAUUCCUACCCAAAUGGGUCGCCGCUCGUCUGCGGAUAUUGGAAAAGAACAGAAUCAAUAGCGAAGACUGCCUAGUCGUGAAUAGUACGAAACAUCGAACGCAGAGUAAAAACAUAGACGACGCUUUAGAGAAGAUGGACGAUAUCAUCCAAAGCGCGUCGGUGUUGAAAGACGUGGAAAACGCUCAAGCGAGGAAAAAGAUGGAGAAGAGCGCGAAAAAGGCAAACGCCAAGCGAUUAGAACAGAAGAAAAGCGCCAGUCAGAAGAAAAAGUUACGGUCGAAUAAAGGUUUCGAUUAA